CACUUGCACUCUCAAUCUUACUGAAAGAGCCAACCCUGAGAAGAGAUCUUUCCUCAUCCCCUCCUCCAUGCCAAUAUGCUUCCCAGGAGUUUAUUUUUAGCGUCAGAACUUCAACCUUUACAAAGCAUGCCACAGCUACCCUCACACACAUGAAUCCGGGGAUGGAAGUUACUUUACAAAUUUGCUUCCUGCUAAAAUGAGGAUUUUAACAUGAAAGGACAGAGUAACUAUUGUGAGAACCUCAGGACAACAUCUAUACAACCCGCUGGCAUCCAUCUUCCUAAAAUUGUUUGAAGUCUUGCAAAAAAGGAAGAGGAAAAAACUCAGUCUGCAGAAGAGAUUGUGCAACGCCAUUUCUUCUUCUUUUUCCCCCCACUUCCUUCCAGGUCCUAGUUUCUUUUUCAAUUGUUAUAAUUUAAUUGAUAGUUUUGCUUCAGUUUGAUCUAGAUGCCGUCCCCUGUCAGUAGCACUGUGGUUCAAAAGACUGGCUCUGAACCAAUUUCCUGUCAGCAUGCUGCCACAACUACAGAAACAGGUGCUGGAACAGGAGGGAUCUAUUCUGCCAUCCUCAGCCGCAACCAGCCCAUCACUGGAGUCAAGGAGAAAACCUUUCAUGAGCUUCAUAAGAAGUGCAUUGAGAAGAAGAUUCUUUAUGAGGAUCCAGAUUUUCCAGCUAAUGACAGCUCCCUUUUCUUCAGUCAAAGGCUCCCAGUGAAAUUUGAGUGGAAAAGACCAUCAGAAAUCUGUGACAAUCCACGCUUUAUCCUUGGUGGAGCUAAUAGGUCUGACAUUUGUCAAGGAGAACUAGGGGAUUGUUGGUUUCUGGCUGCCAUUGCUUGUCUGACCCUGAAUGAAAAAUUGUUGUUUCGGGUCAUUCCAGAAGGCCAGACCUUCACAAAAGAUUAUGCCGGGAUUUUUCACUUCCAGUUCUGGCGUUAUGGAAGUUGGGUGGAAGUUAUUAUCGAUGAUCGUUUACCAACAUAUGGAAAACGUCUGGUCUUCACUAAAUCCUCCCAACAGAAUGAAUUCUGGAGUGCAUUACUGGAAAAAGCUUAUGCAAAGCUUCAUGGGUCCUAUGAAGCAUUAAAAGGAGGCAACACCACAGAAGCCAUGGAGGAUUUCACAGGAGGAGUGACAGAAUUUUAUGAGAUAAAGGAUGCUCCUAAAGAUACAUACAAAAUCAUGAAGCACGCCAUUGAGAGAGGGUCACUUAUGGCUUGCUCCAUUGAGGACAGUUCAGGAUUUAUUUAUGGAAGUGCCCCUACAACUGAUUUUGGACAAUUCAUUGCCCAAAUGUUGCAGAAAGUGGAUUCUGAAUUUUUGAAUAAGUCAAUGGAAGAAACAGAAGAAAGAACAACCCUGACCAUUAUUCCAUUGUUGUAUGAAAGGCGCAUGACUAACGGACUGGUCACAGGCCAUGCAUAUUCAGUCACAGGAGUAGAAGACACAACACUUAAAGGGGAGAAGAUAAAACUGGUGCGGCUCAGAAAUCCCUGGGGACAAGUAGAAUGGAACGGAGCUUGGAGUGAUAGUUCAGAUGAAUGGAAUGAAAUUGACAAUGCCGAGAAGAUCCGCUUGCAACAUAAAAUUGCAGAGGAUGGCGAGUUUUGGAUAUCAUUUCAAGAUUUUCUGAGAUAUUUCACAAAAUUGGAGAUUUGUAAUCUCACCCCUGAUACCCUUGAGGCUGAUAAACUUCACACAUGGACAGUUUCCGUCACGGAAGGACAAUGGGUGCGAGGCAGCACUGCAGGUGGCUGCCGUAACUAUCCAGACACUUUUUGGACCAAUCCCCAAUAUCGUUUGAAACUCCUGGAAGAAGAUGAUGAUCCAGAAGAUACUGAGGUGAUAUGCAGCUUCCUGGUGGCACUGAUGCAGAAAAACAGGAGAAAAGAACGCAGACUAGGAGCCAAUCUCCUCACAAUUGGUUUUGCCAUCUACGAGGUGCCGAAAGAGGUAAGAGCAGACUGUGAAAAACCUGUUAAUUGCUUGGGUAACAUUCUGAAUACAACUCCUUUUCUACUUCACUCUUCAGAAGUUUGCAGUUCAUGUUUACAGAUGCAGGGUGACAAGAAACAUUUACAGAAGGAUUUUUUCCUUUACAAUGCCUCCAAAGUAAAAUGCAAGUCUUACAUAAACAUGCGAGAAAUCGCAGAACGCUUCCGUCUACCACCAAACGAGUAUGUUAUCAUCCCAUCCACCUAUGAACCCCACCAAGAAGGAGAAUUUAUCCUGAGAGUUUUCUCAGAAAAAAGAAGUCUUUCAGAGGAAGUUGAAAACAAAAUUGAAGCAGGAAAUAUCUCGCCAAUCAUCUUUGUCUCAGACAGAGCAAACAAGAGCAAAGAUCUGAGAGGUGGUGAGGGGCCAAGAAAGGACAAGGGAAAAACAAGUCCAGAUAAGCAAAAGAAGAACACAGAGCCUGCAGAAAGGGAUACAGAGAAUGAAGAAGAUACGCAGUUCAGAAAUAUUUUCCGACAAAUUGCUGGGGACGACAUGGAGAUCAGUGCUGAUGAACUAAGGAAUGUCCUCAACAAUGUUCUGAAAAAACAUAAAGACUUGAAAACAGGAGGUUUUGCCCUGGAAUCCUGCCGCAGCAUGAUUGCCUUAAUGGAUACAGAUGGUUCCGGGAAAAUAAAUCUUGAUGAAUUUCGCCAUCUUUGGACUAAAAUUAAAAGCUGGCAGAAAAUUUUCAAGCAUUAUGAUACAGAUCAUUCAGGAACCAUUAACAGCUAUGAGAUGCGUAAUGCAGUUAAAGAGGCAGGGUUUCAACUGAAUAACCAAUUAUAUGAUAUAAUUACAAUGCGCUAUGGCAACAGGAAUAUGAAUAUUGAAUUUGACAGUUUUAUCUGUUGUUUUGUGCGACUGGAAGGAAUGUUCCGUGCAUUCCAUGCCUUUGAUAAAGAUGGAGAUGGCAUUAUUAAGCUGAACGUAUUCGAGUGGCUACAGCUCACCAUGUAUGCCUGAUUAUCACUUAUUUGGCACCUUCUCUUGGAUUAUUGACAAUCAGCCAACAUUCAGUUACAAGAUACUGAUCUCUUGCACAUAUCUGUCUUAAAAAUUACAUGGAAAGGAAGUAUAAAUUCAGCAGAUUUAUGUCCAAGGAAACAACUUACGGAGAAGUAACAAAAGCAGUGAAGCAUGUUGUGCACAAGAAGGGUAUCUGCUCUCCUGAUGGAAUCAACUCUAGAUGCAUGAGCUUGGUUGCAAAUCAAAAUUAUUGUUCUUAUUUUGAAACAGCACCUCUUCUUACCAACUGAGAUAUUUAGCGGGCAGCAGAACAAUUUAUUCAUAUUAAACACUACAACUUGCCAAAAUGCGGUUCAUCCGAUUUAAGAAAUUCAACGUAUUUGAAAAUAACACAACUGAAAACAUUUAACUAUCUAAACUAUUUUCAAAUAAUUUUGUUAUAUGUUACAUCAAUUAUUAUUCCUGUAGCCAAAGCUUCCUACAAUUAGGCCCAGCAACAGAAUAUAUCAAUGUACACAGAUGAAGUAUUAACCAGGAUGUAUCAAACGACAAGAUAGAUGGCUAAAUAUUGUG